GAGUCUUUUCUCCGACUCUCUCGGACAACGUUCGCAUCAGCGAUUGAGAUCGAGAAGGAUGCCUGCUCGCGAUGGCAAGUCGCGUGCCACGGUGGCGACGGUCGACUUCGACCCCUCGCUGCGGUCGUCGCUGGUCCACCUGCCCAUGGUCCUGUAUGCGCCAUUGCUCGAGCGAGGCGUUCCCCCGCAGUCGAUCGUCGUCGAGCUGGUUCGAGAUGAGGACGCAAUCUACGUGGGGUGGUCAGGCAUGAGCGCUGCCCCACUCUCAGCAUCAUCAGGGGCCUUUUCCUCUUCCUCCCAGACCGAUGCCUCAUCGGUAGUCUCACUGUCGACGACGCUGGCCUCGACGUUUGAGCCUCCGCUGCAGGCGGGCACCCAAGUGCGCAUCACCCUCUUGCGAUCGCCCCCCUUGCCCACGGCCUCGCGCAUCGAUGUCACACCACUCACGCCCGACGAUUGGGAGGUGCUCAGCCUCAAUGCCGACGAUGUGGAGAGCAACAUGCUGGGCCAGGUCCGGGCUGCAAAGAUGGGCAUGAUCAUUGCCGUGCAUGUAGGCAGGCAGGGCAGAACCGUCUGCCGCUUCAAAGUUGAGUCUUGCACGCCGCCGACUCAAGACGUGCGAGCGCCGUCGCAGCCUGAUUCGUCUUUGGCCCGGGCCGUGAGACUGAGCACCGAUACCGAGGUCGUCAUUGCACCGCGAACGAGGGCCAUGGCUGAUGCUGCGGCACAGGCUGCAGCAGCGGAAGAGCACGACAUCUCAGCGUCGACGAGCAGAGGUCCAGCUUCGAGCCCGGCAGCUGCAUCGCAGACGCUUUCUCGCAGGCUGUACAGGGUCCUUCCCUCAUCCUUUCUCGACAGGAGGGCAGCAUCUUCGGCAGUCGUGGUGUCCUCAGAAGACGCCGGGUUGCUCUCGACUGCGUUUGGUGGUUCGGCAAAGGAAGGAGGACGGUGCACCAUUACAAAGAUGCCGUGUCCAAGCGCUCCAGAUGUCUCCAGUGAAAGGCUAGGAGAUGCGAGCUCGCAAGGCAAAGGUGGACCACGUCAGAGCGAUGCAAAGGAUUCACAAGGGUCGGACAAGCCAUCGGAGGGUGGUGAAGAGCAACAAAAACAGCAACAACAGCAGCAGCAGCAACAGCCACCAGCUCGAGCGACGAUGAGCGCCUACUUUGCGGUGGCAGCUCCUGACUCCCUGCGAGGGCUCGAACGGUGGCCAAGGAGGCACGUCUGGAUCUCACCGCAGGCCAGGACGGAGAUGCAUCUUCAGGACUGGGAUCUCAUCCGCUUUUCGUCUCCCUCGCCCACAGGAAGUGCGACUCGACCGCAGCAGAUGCCAGUAGAUGAGAAAAGCGAGGGUGGGGAGGAACAAGAAGACAGCCUCGCUGGCAUUGGCGACAUCUUGGAGAAGUGCACAAGCGUAAUCGAAUCGACGCUGCGAUCGAGGGCCCUGGCGGAUGCUCGGAUGGCAAUGGGGGAAUCGACGAGAGCCUCGCACGAUGGUUCCACCGGUCUGCUCCUGACCGGCGGGCCAGGGUCUGGCAAGACAUCGCUGGCCAAGCUCCUUUCACGUCGACUGUCCCGCACGCCGUCGCUCGUGUCGCCCCUCUACAUUGACUGCACGCCACAUGCCGAGGAGAGGCUGCCAGCGCUGCGAGAUCUCUUUUCGCAGUGGCUCAACGCUGCUGCCUGGCACGGCCCCACGCUCCUCAUUCUCGACAAUAUUGACCGCAUCAUCCCAGCCGAGGUCGAGCACGUCGACAGCCCGAGAGCUCGACAGCUGGCAGAGGCUUUGAUGGCGAGGGCACGCAUCGUCAUGAAGGAACACCAGGUUUUCGUUCUCUGCACCGCUCAGAGCAACGUCAGCCUGCAUCCCUUGCUCAUCUCGAGCCACAUCCUCUGCGAAACGGUGCAGCUCAAGCCGCCCAGCAAGGAGGCGAGAAGAGAGAUCAUCGUGCAUCUCAUCGAGAAAAAGACUCGCGGAGGCUCGCUUCGGCCGCGAGAUCUCAACCCGGUCAUGAUCGCCACACAGACGGAAGGCUAUCUCCCUGCCGAUCUGCGAGAUCUGGUUGAACGAGCAGUCCACGAGGCUGCGAUACGCUCGGCAGAGGAGCUGGCAUCAGCAUCGGCAAAACGGGAAGGCGGUUCAGCGGAAUUCGACCUGACAAUGGCCGACUUCCAUUCGGCCCAGGAGGGCUUCACACCUCUAUCGUUACGCGACGUGAAGCUGGAGAAGUCGACGGUGGCCUGGUCAGACAUUGGUGGUCUGCACGAGACGCGGCGCGUGCUCCGCGAGACGCUCGAAUGGCCAACCAAGUACGCCGCCAUCUUUGCCAGCUGCCCACUCCGCCUGCGCUCUGGCUUGCUGCUGUACGGAUACCCAGGAUGUGGAAAGACGCUGCUGGCGAGUGCCGUGGCAAAGGAGUGCGGCCUCAACUUCAUCUCCGUCAAGGGCCCCGAGAUCCUCAACAAGUACAUUGGUGCCAGCGAGAAAUCGGUCCGAGACCUCUUUGACCGAGCGCAAGCAGCCAAGCCUUGCGUCCUGUUCUUUGACGAGUUUGACUCGAUUGCGCCCAAACGAGGCCACGACAGCACGGGUGUGACGGACCGGGUGGUGAACCAGCUGCUGACGCAGAUGGACGGUGCCGAGGGUCUCGACGGCGUCUACGUGCUUGCCGCCACGUCUCGGCCGGACCUCAUUGACUCGGCGCUGCUCCGGCCAGGCCGCCUCGACAAGUCGCUGCUGUGCGACAUGCCGUCGGAGCAGGACCGCAUCGACAUUAUGCGGGCCGUGUCGAGCAAGGUGCACCUCGACGAGAGCGUCAGCCUGGACAAGUGGGCCCAGCAGACCGACGGCUUCUCGGGCGCAGACCUGCAGGCACUCCUCUACAAUGCGCACCUCGAGACGAUCCACGAGAGCAUCGCGGCGGCAGGACAGAUGCCCGACGCCAGCAGCAAUGGAGCGGCAGUCUCGGCCAACGACGGGUCCGAAGCAGCCAAGGAGAAGGACAAGAGCAGCGACGUCAAGUUUGUCUCGUUUGGUGGCGCAGCGGGCGCAAACAAGGCGACGCUGAGCGGGGCAGAGCGACAGGCGCUCCAGCGGCGCAUCGAGCUCAUGCUCACCAACGAUGCCGCUUCCGCCGCAAAGCGAAGGGCACCCGUCAACGCGAGCGAGACGGACGCGUCUGCCGAGGCUGUGGCGAGGCGGGCAACAAAGGAGAAAGCAAAGGUCAAGGACGAGCACCUCCAGCGCAGCCUCAAGGCCACGCGACCGAGUGUGCCCAAGGAGGAGCAGAUGCGGCUGCGGAGGAUCUACAGCGAGUUUGCGGGAGAGCGAGAUGGCUCCUUUCCCAAUGGAGAGGGCAGCCGCGAGGUGGGAGCGCGGGAGAGCUUGAUGUGAAGUGCUCAAUCAGUCCCAAAUUAAAAAGCAAUGCAGAC